GGUCUUGCCGGCUGCGUGCCAACUUUUUACAUUGGGCCCGCCAUCUGUUGCCAACUAAUUGCACAAUAAAACCUCAAAUCUUAACCCAAAAAGUUGAAUGUUGUCAUGUCAGACGAUUUUACUUUUAAAUAUUUUAUUUAUUUUUAAGUGUUUACAGUGUUUUAGUGAGGUUUUAGCCAUUUUACAGCCUCCGUAACGUAAUGCUAGUGAUAUUAACUCAGUGAGGUAUUUAUUCGGGUGCUGUGACAAAAUGCGAAAAAUUACCAAAAAAUUUAUCAGUGAGCACAUUUAUCUCCUGCUGGGGAUUGUAAUAGGCCUCUAUAUAUCGUCAUUUAUAUCCGCUGGAUUGGAUUUAUCAUGUACCACCACAGAGAAUAACCUGAGAGUGGAUAAACGAUUGGCGCAAGAAAUCAUCAACAGUUCGAUCAAUAGGCUGGCCCCGAAGAUUCUACCUGAAAAGCCUCAAGGGGAACAAAAGUCCACAUUUGUACGGCCCCGUUAUUACUCAACAGAAUUGGGAAUUCGCGAGAAACUGUUUGUGGGAAUUUUCACGUCAGAAAACAAAGUCAAUUCGCAUGCAGUUCAUAUCAAUAAAACCAUUGGACAUAUUGUUGAUAAGAUCAAGUUCUUUAUUACAGCCCAGUACAAGCUCAAAACCAAGUUCAAUCUUACAGGUUUAGUGGGAUUUACAGAUGCCAGAAGUAAAUAUAGGCCCUUCCAAGUGAUUAAAUAUGUGGCAGACACUUUUUCAAUGGACUAUGACUAUUAUUUCUUUGCCAAUGACUAUACUUUUAUCAAUGUACAUAGACUGCAAGAUGUCGUGGAUAAAAUCAGUGUCAGUAUGGAUGUGUAUUUGGGCACAAAAGUUAUGGGUAGUAGCUACUGUAAUUUAGAGGCUGGAAUUGUUAUAAGCAACUCAGUCCUAAGAGCAGCCAGAAAAUAUUUGGAAUGGUGCAUAAUGAAUGCGGUGUCUGAUGAUUACAGUGAAAACAUCGGUCGUUGCAUUCAUCAUAGCUUAAAUUUGUCUUGUCAAGAAUCUGUACAGGAUCAGACGAUGCCGUCCUUUAAACUCAAAGAAUUCAAUCUGAAGUCGUUGCAAACGUUAAGCAAAAAUGCAGGUUUUAAUGUGGCGGUAACAGUUCGUCCAGUGAUUGCAAACGAUGAUUUCUUCAGACUGAACGCGUAUUUUCUCAAGCAACGUCUGGAAAUGUACAACAGGCAAAUUUCUGAAAUUUCCAAAUCUUUAACCGAUUCCUGGCCUGCUGGACAAAGACCAGGAGCGGUGCCGGCUACCAGAUUCGACAUGCCCCGACAACAAUACUUUAAUAUGACCCACAUUUUCCUGCCAGAUGAUUUUACCAUUCUCCGUAGUCACACUGAAUCGGAACUUGUCGAUAUCCAGAAUAUACUAAAAGAUGUAACUUCGCAAGUGGCGGCGCAACACCCAAAAGAAUACGAGUUUCGGAGGUUGGUGAAUGGAUACAAAACGUUUGAUUUAAGCCGCGGCUUGGAUUACACUCUUGAUUUAGGAUUCAGGGAUUUGCAUAGCGGCAAAGAAAUAGUUAAAAGAUUUGAAGUAUGCAAACCGCUAGGCAACGUCGAGUUCAUUCCAGUGCCUUAUGUGACGGAAAAUGCUCGCGUUUCAAUUAUUUUGCCCGUUCAGGAAACUGAGGUUUUCCAAGCGAUGCAUUUUUUAGAAGCUUUUGACACAUCCGUUCUGGCUAAAAAAGAGAAAACUCUUCUGCUUCUGGUACUCCUCUACCAGUACAAUAGCGAGAGUAAAGGAUCUCAAGAUGUUUUUGCGAAACUAAAGCGAUUCGUAAUUCAGGCGUCAGCAAAGUAUGAAAACGAAGACUUGAAAAUAUCUUGGCUAUCAAUCAGACUUCCACAAGCGAAAUUUCCCUUGUUGAUGGAAAACAAUAAAGCCAUUCACUUUGCUGUGACUGAUUUGGCUUUGAAGAAAAUUGGGCUUCACAGUUUAACUUUGGUUUUAGAUGUUUGGGCCUACGUUACUGUGGAUUUCCUCAACAGGGUACGAAUGAACACCAUAGAAGACUAUCAGAUUUUUUGCCCAAUUCCAUUCAGGCAGUACAGUCCUUUUGUAACUCAAUUGGCGCACUUGGAAGUGACCAAAAUGUCGGGACACUUUGAUAGGGAGGAAUUUCGAUAUGUUGCGUUUUAUGGUAGUGAUUAUGUAAAAGCACGCAAGGAAACCGAAAGUGAAAUUCCCCUAAUCAGAACGGACAACGAUAUAACAAAGCUGCUGAAAAGCGAGACGAAGAAGAAAGGAAACAUUUUCGAUAUGUUCUUGCAACAUGGGCGCGAUGUGCACUGUAUGAGGGCGACGGAAAUGAAUUUGAAAAUUUUAUAUCACUUUGAGAAGGAUCGAAAUCGAAUGAACAAGUUUUACGGAAACGAUGCUCAAUUAGCCAAGUUGCUCUUAACCAAAGGGGAUAUUAUUCCUGAAUUAAUGUGAUUCGAGUGCUUUUAUGCAAAAGAACCAUUGCUUGCCAUAUUCACAAUGUGAUAAAUGCUGCCGAUAUCAAGAAAAAUUUACAAGAGUAUUUUUAAAUGUUGCUUAUUUGGUUAAAUUAGAAUUAAGAUCGAAACAGCAAGAAUUGAAACGGAAACAGUUUUUUUAAUGUGUCUAAUUCAACAUACAUUUUGUUGUCAUUUAUGUAGAAAUUCAAUUAAAUCUACUUAAUUGUUUUAUUUUUUUAAUCUAGAUUUUUUUGAUUGUUGAUUUCUGAAGAGUCUGGUAGCUCACUUUUUGUCCUCCAUGUAAUUUACGCUGUAAUCUAAUUUGGUGCAAUAUAUUUUUUAAGUAUUA